CAUUGAGCUUUCUUCUCACAUUCUUAUAACUAAUUGUAUCAUCAAAACCUGCACCUACCUUAAUUAUUUCUGCAUUACAAUAUAUAUAUAUAUAUAUAUAUAUAUAUAUAGCCUACAGAAUGCAUGCAAUGAAUAUCGCAGAAUUUUCUCUUGUUAUCUUAAUUAUAUACCUCAGUUUCGUAUCGUCAUCAUCCUCAGUUCACAAUAACCUCUCUUCAGAACUGGUGCGGGAAAGUAAGUUGAAGGAAGGCAAACUGCAUGCAUAUAAGGUGGCUAAAGGUGGAACCUCCGGUGGUCACACCGUACCCCGCAGCGGUGGAAAUGACGGCGAUUCAAGAACGCCCAAGCAAGGAGGUGCUAAGGUUAUUCCGGCUUACGUUGCCGGUGCUGCCGGUGUGAAUAACCGCCAUAGGAGCAGCAAUGGAAGCUUUAAUAGAAUUGAAUUUCCCACUUUGCUCAUAAUCACCUUCCUCUAUGCCCCUCUCCUUCAUUUAUGCUUAGUCAUAUAGUAAGUGACAAGCAUUUUGGAAAUUUUUUUUUUUGGGGCCAAACAGCAUUCUGGAUAUCAAACAUGCAUUUAAAAUUUGUUUUAUGCAUUGAUAUCCAAAUUUUGAAACGUUUGAUAUCUGAAAAUUAAGUGUGACGUAACAUUUUUGAGUGUCAUAUGAACACAUCAAUUUGAGUGCCACACAGUAAUAUAUUUUAAGAAAACAAAAGCGGUUAAAAAAAAGGUAGUAGCCAAGGGGUUUUAUAUCAGUAUCACUCACCCUUUUAAAUUCUAUUUGGCCUUUUCAAUUUUCAUAAUAUCUUAAAAUCUUAGAUGUGAUGUUAGAUUGCAUUGAUAGUAUUAUAUAAUGUAAGAAUUAUAUAACAAACACACUCUCACUAAUCUUGUGUGCAUAAAGUAGCUCUUUGUUUAUAGUCUCUUGCCCAAGAUUAGUUAUUCUGCAUUGUUCAAUCUGUGUAUUAGAAUGAGUUUGUAAUUCUGUAUCCGGUUGGGUUUUAUCCCCCCACCCCAACC